AUGAAAAAAGUUGGGGCAUUGGCAACCCCCCAACAAAAGAUCAGCAGGGAGAAUGAAAACCAAAAAAGGAAAGGAAAGUCCCUCGAAGAUCCUUUCUCCAAAAGUACCCAUGCCACAUCAGCCACCCUAGCCACCCAUCAAGCCACAAUAGCCAGUGGUUUAACCUCACCAGCCAGUGGCUCAGUCAUUCACGCCACACCAGCCAUGGUGGCUAGUGCCAGCCAAGCCACAUUUACAGCUCUGACCCAGGCAAUGGCUAUUGAUAAGCCAGAGCUGCAACAAAUACGCCGGAGCAUGGUGAAUCCAGAACGGAGGUUGUUCACCCCUCCACCCAUUGAGGUUAGGGAAAAGGAAACACCAACAAAGGGGAGAAAGCGGAUGGCUAAGGACGAUGAUGCUUGGACCCCUACUGACGGAGAAAUUUUAUCCUUUGUCAUAGACAAUAGAAUUUGCACAUCGUGCUGGUGUACUGGGCAUGCCUUUACUUCGUGCAAAAGAGUCCCUGGCAAACGAUGUCCUAGCAACAAAGAAGUCUUUGAGUCUGAAGGAUUUAGACCUUUCCUUGCUGCUUGGAAAGAAGAAAGAAGGAAGCGAAUAUCAGCUAGACCAGAUGCAGAACUGGGAACAAUCGUCCUUCCCCAGUACUGCAACCUCUGUUUCAGCACAGAACAUGAUGAGGACAGCUGUGAUGAACUGUCCCAUUAA